AUGCCCAAGCGGGGCUGCCCCUUCGGGGACGCGGCCCCGCUGCAGCUCAAGGUUCACGUGGGUCCGAAGGAGCUGAGCCGCGGCGUGUCCGGCGAGCGCCAGGCCCGAGAGGUCUUUGAGAGGACCAGGCAGCUCUUGUACCAAGGGGCCCAGGCCUGCAUGGACCACAUGUGGGAUGAAGGUUCAGCAGAGAGCUGCCCCCUCGUCCACCUUCCCGAGUCCCCAAAGCCCAGCCCAAUGGGCGUCCCAGUGGCCACCCGAGGACAGAUGCUGAUUGGACCGGGCGGCCGCCUGCUGCGGAGCCGGGCCCAGACUGGUGAGUCGGGGGCCGACCUGUCGGAGGUGGCGUCCAGGGCCUGCUCCUCCUGCGUCCGCAGCGUGGACGGGAAGACAGCCUGCAGCCAGUGCGAGCGUCCCCUGUGUGGAUGGUGUCUGCGCACCUGCUGGGGCUGUGGGGCUGUGGCCUGUGCCCUCUGCUCCACUGCUGACUACAACGAUGUCCAUGAGCGGGUGCUCUGCAGUGGCUGCUCCAUGUUUGAAGCCUGA